AUGAGCAAAGUAAUUUUGGACAACAACACAAGCAGUGAGCACACAAUGUCUACAUUUCCUUUCAUAUCCGAUGCGGAACCGCAUCAUCGUACGUUACAGUUGUCAUUCCAGAAUCUAAACGUGCUCCAUAAUGAACGCCAAAUUCUCUCUGAUGUGAAUGGCUUAGUAAGCCCUGGCGAAGUUUUAGCCGUAAUGGGCCCAUCUGGUAGUGGGAAGACCACAUUGCUCGACUGCCUCAGCGGACAGCGACGCUUCGAUAGUGGCGGCGUUUAUCUGAAUCGCGAACCACUCUCGAAAAAGUGGCGCCGCAAGAUCUGCUAUGUGCUCCAAGAGGAAAUCUUCUUCUCUGGGCUAACCCUCAGAGAGACUGUUAUGUAUACGGCUCUGCUGCGACUGCCAGAUAAAAUGUCGAAAGCGGAGAAAAUCAAGUCGGUUGAUCGUAUACUGGAAGCGUUGGAGCUAACAUUUUGUCAACACACGAAAUUUGGUGACUAUCUAAAUCGUGGAUUGUCGGGCGGUGAGAAGAAACGCGCCAAUAUCGCAUGCGAGUUGCUAACCAAUCCGCUGCUGAUGUUACUAGAUGAACCAACAUCCGGCCUUGAUAGUCAUUCUGCGAUAUCGCUCAUGAAGUUUCUCAAGCGUUAUGCCGUGCAAGAGCAAAAGACUGUGGUGAUCACCGUGCAUCAGCCUUCUUCGCAAAUGUUCCACAUGUUCGACAAGCUGUUGCUGCUUUACAACGGUCGAACUGCGUACUUUGGCGAGGUGAAUAAUAUUUAUACGUAUUUCGAGAAUAUCGGUGUUAUCAUUAAACCGCACUACAAUCCCGCGGACUUCGUAUUGGAACAACUGAAGUCAUAUCCUAAAAUCCGCGAGAAGCUGUUCAUCGCCGCCAAGGAAUCUCAUGGCAAUUACUUGAAUAGAAACUGUAUUACGGUGAACACGAACAAUGAACGGAAUCAGCAGCACCACCACUCCAACAAUGUUCGGCAUAAUGGUGACAUCAAUGGUGACGCUGCUGAUGUCACACCAACGGCCAACAUCACCACCACCAUCACAACAGAAAUUGUCAAUGAGAAGUCCCACAAGCAUGAUGCACUCAUCAAUGAUAUUAUCAACAACUAUUAUAAGGGCAUACACAAAAAUCAUAAUAAUCAUCACAUCAACCACGAUGCCAUGCUAAUCAUAAGUGAUCAUCAGAACCCCAAUGAAGAGGCGUCACAACAGCUGUGGUAUGGCCACGAUUCGCAAUCGAACUCCAGCGUCACUUCAAGUGUGUGCCAGCGUUAUGAGAGCUGUGGUGACAACGAUUGGCUCGACUAUCCGACGAGUUUUCACACGCAGUUCUGUGUAUUGUCCAGCCGCAACUACAAUGAGGCAAAGCCGCGUAUGUUGUCCAAACUAAAUUGGUUCCAAACGAUCGGUUUGGCAUUGAUGGCUGGCUCAAUUUGGUUUCAAAUACCACGCACCGAAGAGUUCCUACACGAUCUGCAAGGCUGGAUGUUCUUCUCACAGACAUACUGGAUGCUGUUUGCGCUCUUUGGCGCCUUAAAUUCCUUCCCUGCAGAACGCGAAGUUAUUAGUAAGGAACGUCGUUCGGGCGCUUACAGGCUAUCUGCAUAUUACUUGGCGAAAAUGUUUGGGGAAUUGCCUUUGGUUGUGACGCUGCCGACUGUCUACCUCAUGAUAUCCUAUCCAAUGUUGGGCUGUACCAGUUGCAAGCUGUUCUUUUUAAUGCUGGUCUUCCUGCUACUCAACACAAUUGUGGCGCAGAGCGUGGGCUUCUUCAUCGGUGCCUGUUGCAUGGAUAUGAAUGUUGGCAUUACGUUGAGCGCACUCUAUACGCUGGCGACACAACUCUUUGGCGGCUAUUUAUCCACUCGCAUUCCAGAUGGAUUGAGCUGGAUACGCUACACCUCAAUGAUACACUAUGCAUAUCAAAAUAUGCAAAUUUUAGAGUUUCGAGAAGGACCGGCGUUAAGGUGUGGCAAUCCCAGCAGCUUUGAAAUCUGCAAAACAAACGACACCACGACGAUGUUCAUUCCAUAUCAGGAAAUACUCAAGGCACAAAACUCGACAUCACCGCUUUGGCUGAACACGCUCGUAUUGAUGAUGUUCUUCGUGGUGUUUCGUGGCCUCGGCUAUGCUGUUUUACGUUAUGUGCGAUGUCCCAAAGCGGCGUGAUAUUCAAAACUCCAGUGAGCUUAACGAGAGAAAAAACAACAACGCACAAUAUUAAAAAAAAAAAUGUGUGUAAAUUUAUUGUAAAAUUUAUUAAACUCAUCCCAGAAAGCAUUUUUAUACAAAUAUGUUGUACGUGUUUUAUGCACUCGUAGUUGAUCAAAUGUUUCAUAUAUCCGCUGGUGAUAUGUUUAUAUUUCCUGUUGAGCAUUUUUAAACUAAGAAAUGUUGUUUCUGCGUGUUUAAUAUUUCUUCUUUUUUUUUUUGUGUUAAAGUUUGAGGUACGAAAGUGCGCUCCUGUGCACCUUACUAACAAAAAGUAUACAAUAAUCGUACAUACAUAAAAUAUGAAGAUGUAUUUUAAUGUUAAUUUUUUCUAUUUUUUAAAAAACUUUUUUAAAUUAAAAUACAUAUUUUAUGGUAAAGCUAUUUUAAUGAAAAUUUUAUGUAAUAAAAUUUUGAAAGCAUCACUUUGUAAGGCGAAAGCUCGCUAUCGAAAACUUCAAAAUGAAAGUAAGCAAAAACAAUAAGUAACAUUAUCCCCAUAUGAAGCUGUAAAAUAAAAUAAAACAAUUUAAAACUUUAAAAGAAUGUAGUAUAUUCCAUAGUAUUCAAAUACAAUAAAUGUCAAAGUCAACCUUUUUUCGAUUCCUAUCUACAAAUUACAACUAAGUAGAUGUCAUACUCUAAUAAAUAUUUCUACAGAAAUUAAAAGUAACAGCUACAUAACCUACCAAUACUAGCAUAUUCACAAAUAUAAGUGUGUUUUUGUUUGUUUUUUGAAAAUUACUGUGAUGUAGUAUUCUAGUUUCUGAAUUUAAUUAAUAAAUGCACUUCAUAUGUAUACAUAAAUAAAUUACUCAUUAAGUUAGAUAUAGUGGAAUGUAAAUUUAAACAUAUUUAUAUUGAAUAAGAAAUAUGUAGUAGUAGAAAUAGUUAACGUUAUCACGAAAAUUUCCACUAUACAAAGUUAUGGUAUUUACUAUAUAGUAUGUAUGUACGCUAUAAUUUAUAUCAACAAUAAACAACUCUAUUAAAUAUUGUGAA